UACAAAUUUUUGGACUUCCUUUAAUAUAGACAAAAGAUAUCAUGAUAUAGAAUACAAAGAAAAUCAACCAUGGUUUAUAUCUUUGGGUGGUAUUGACAAUCACUUGUUAGAUAACCAUCCACUAUAGUUAUAGCUUUUAUAAUUUGGGAAAGCAAGGUUACUUUGAUUGGAUUUUAUCUCAUUUUAUGUUUAUGGCAAAGCCAAAACACAUCUUCACUAUGUGUCCGGUGUUACAUUUUCAAUAUCACACAAAUAUUUUCUAUAAUUUUUCACGUAUUAAGGGCAUAGCUGAAAGUGCAUUACAGAAAGAUAUAACUCUGGCUGUUGAGGGUUUGUUAGGAGUUGUCUUUACAGUGGCUGCAUUAACAGAUGAAGCAAUGGAUGUUGGUGAGCUUCAAUCUCCGAGAUGUGAUUCUGAUCCACCUAUUAUUAAGUCUACUGGGAAAACAACACAUCUUUGUCUCUCAAUGGUUGAUUCAUUUUGGUUGACCAUACUUGAUGCAUUGUCUCUUAUUUUGUCAAGGUCACAAGGAGAGGCUAUUGUGUUGGAAAUACUAAAGGGAUAUCAAGCAUUCACACAGGUAAUCAUUGUUCUGACAUGUCAUCUCAGUAUAGGUUCUUGGUGUGGAAUUAUUUUCUGUAAAUGUCUAUUUGCUAUUAAAAAAAUAUAUAAUUUCAAUAUCAAAUUGAGCGUAAUUUUCUCAGAGCUUGUGUUUGUGAGAACUAAUUUUGUCACAGAGAAAGGUGUUGAAAAACUCAAUCUUCAAGUUGUAAUUUUUGAGUAUGUACUAUUGCUUUGUGUGACUCGGACCAAGUAA